CAGGAAGUGGCAGGCAGUGUUGGGAGAGAGGAGCUGAGAGACAGGAGCUUCACGUGGCAGAAUGAGUGUCCCAGAUUACAUGCAAUGUGCCGAGGACCACCAGACCCUCCUGGUGGUGGUUCAGUACGUGGGGGUCUUAAAAAGUGAGAAUUUCUUCAAGAUCUACAAGCGCAUCUCCUCAGUGUCUCAAGUGAACGUCAGCAACUCUCAGCGCGUCUUGUACAUCCGCUAUCGCCAUCAGUACCUGGUGGAGAACAACGACUGGGGAGACUUCCAGACCCACCGGAAGGUGGUGGGCCUCAUCUGUGUGGCUGAAUGCGGCCUCCCUAACGAGCUGUCCCCCAUAUUCCGGAAAUACGAGCAGAACAAGGAGGUCUACAGCUCCACCCUGUACGACUCCAGGCUCUUUGUGUUUGGGCUGAAGGAAGAGCCGGCCGAUCAGUCCCGGACCGACAGAGCCUUCUACCCCAGCUAUGACGACUGUGAGUCCGUGGAGAAGCAGGUGGAGGACUUCAUCCAGUCCUUGCACAUUGUGUUGGAGAGCAAAAGGCUGGACAGGACCAGCGAGAAGUCCGGGGAGAAGAUCCCGCUGCUCUAUGUGCCGUAUGAGAAGAAGGAUUUUGUAGGGCUGGAUCCGGACAGCAGGCAUUACAAGAAGCGGUGUCAGGGUCGUAUGCGGAAACACGUGGGGGAUCUAAGCCUGCAGGCUGGGAUGCUGCAGGACGCCCUCGUCCAUUAUCACAUGGCUGUGGAGCUCCUGCGAGCCGUCAAUGACUUUGUGUGGCUGGGAGCUGCUCUGGAAGGACUCUGCUCGGCGUCUGUGAUACAUCAUUACCCGGCAGGAACAGGCGGGAAGACGGGGGCCCGCCGGACGCAGAAUGUGGCCUCCUCUGCUGAUGCUGGGAAGAGGCACAGACCAGGUGCUCAGGAGGUUCUUAUAGACCCAGGCGCUCUUUCCGCCAACGGGAUAAACAUGGACGCCAGCACAGAGAUUGGACGUGCGAAGAACUGCCUGAACCCUGACGAUAUCAUCGAGAAGUACAAGGAGGCCAUCUCUUACUAUGAAAAGUCCAAGCCGGCCGGAGUGAUCGAGCUGGAAGCCUGUGUGAAGGCCGUCCGGGUCCUGGCCAUACAGAAGAAGAGCAUGGAGGCCUCAGAGUUUCUGCAGAAUGUGGUCUACAUCAAUCUGCGCCAGCUUUCAGAGGAGGAGAAGAUCCAGCGAUACAGCAUCCUCUCUGAGCUUUAUGAACUCAUUGGUUUCCACCGAAAAUCAGCUUUCUUCAAACGGGUGGCUGCCAUGCAGUGCGUAGCCCCCACAAUCCCAGAGCCCGGGUGGAAGGCUUGCUACAAGCUCCUCCUGGAGACAUUGCCCGGCUACAGCUUAUCUCUGGACCCUAAAGACUUCACCAAAGGUGCGCACAGAGGAUGGGCGGCUGUGCAGAUGCGGUUAUUACACGAGCUGGUCUACGCCUCCCGGAGGAUGGGCAACCCCGCUCUGUGUGUUCGCCAUCUGUCCUUCCUCCUGCAGACCAUGUUGGACUUCCUGUCUGACCAAGAGAAGAAGGACGUGGCGCAGAGCCUGGAGAGCUACACCUCCAAAUGUGCAGGAACCAUGGAAGCCAUUCACCUACCUGAAGGCCUGACGCUGCCUCCUGUGCCCUUCACUAAGCUGCCAAUUGUGAGGUCAGUGAAGCUUCUGAACCUUCCCAUUAUCCUACGGCCACAGAAGGUGAAGAAUUUACUAGGCCAGAAGCUCUCCAUAAAAAGCCCCUUCAUCUACUCCCCGAUCAUUGCCCACAACCGCAGCGAGGAGAAGAACAAGAAAAUCGAUUUCCAGUGGGUGCAGGGCGAUGUGUGUGAGGUGCAGCUGAUGGUCUACAACCCGAUGCCCUUUGAACUCCGAGUGGAGACCAUGGGUCUGCUGACCAGUGGGGUGGAUUUUGAGUCUCUCCCAGCCGCGCUUUCUCUUCCUGCAGAAUCUGGCCUGUAUCCUGUGACUCUAGUUGGUGUUCCUAGAACCACGGGGCAGAUAACGGUUAAUGGUUAUCACACAUCUGUAUUUGGGGUGUACAGCGACUGUCUUCUCGACAACCUCCCCUGCCUCAAGAACAAUGGCUGCACGGUAGACGUGAUUCCGGCUUUGCCAAGAUUACAGAUCAACACCUCUCUGCCCAGAUCGGCUCACUCUCUGCAGCCAUCCAGCGACGAUGUAUCCACACACGUGUCUGUUCAGCUUUUCAAUGGAGAGACACAGAAGCUUGCGAUUAAGCUGGAAAACAUUGGAACCGAGCCCCUCGAGACUUUAGAGGUCUCCUCCAAGACGGUCAAUAAUAAAGAAAAACUCUACGGUGAUUUCCUGAUUUGGGACCUGGAUGAAGCUCUCUCGCAACUGCCACUAAAACCCGGAAAAACAGCAACGUUCACCAUCUAUAUCAAGGUCAAGCUGGACUUUUCCUGCCAAGAAAACCUCCUGCAAGAUUUAAAUGACGACGGCAUCAGCGUCAGCGGCCUGCCUGUGUCCAGCCCCUUCCGGCACAUUGUCAAACCCAGAGUGGAAACCAAACCCCUCAACCCUCCCGAGAGCAGCAGAAGCAGCGACUUCAGCCACGUAAAGACACUUGAAGGCGUUUUGAAUUUCAAGUACUCCGGAGGACCAGGUCACGCCGAUGGUUACUACAGGAACAUCUCCCUUGGCCUCCACGUGGACGUAGAACCGUCAGUGUUCUUCACACGAGUCAGCACACUCCCGGCCACCAGCACAAGACAAUGUCAUCUCCUCCUCGAUGUCUUCAACUCCACAGAACACGAGCUGGCCGUGAGCACCAAAGACAACGAGGACCUCAUCCUGCAUGCUGGAGAAUGUCAACGCAUGGCCAUCCAGGUGGAUAAGUUCAACUUUGAGAACAUCUCGGAGCCUUCAGAAGACCACAUGCAGUUUGCCAACCCGAAGGAGGUGGAGGAGGAGAGGCAGCAAGCCAAGGGCCUGGAGAUCAACAACAAGCUGGACAUCCGCUGGAAGAUCCCAUCCCUGAAGCGUGACGGAGAGGCGAGCGUGGAGGGCGUGUUGAAUCAGCUCGUCCUAGAACACUUGCAGCUGGCUCCUCUUCAGUGGGAUGUGUUGGUGGAUGGAAAACCAUGUGACUGUGACAUCAUUGCGGACUGUAGAGUUGGUGAUCCCAUACACCUUGAAGUCAGGCUGACCAAUCGCAGCAGCAGCACUGUGGGUCCGUUUUCCCUCUCUGUCAUCCCAUACCAAGAUUAUCAGAACGGGGUCCAUAACUACGAGCUCAAAAACAUGGUCACGUUUGUGGGCGCCAACACCUUUUUCAUUGGUGCCGUUCAGCCCACAGAACAUUCUGUCUGUUUCGGUAAUCUACUAUUUCUCUACACUGGAGAUUUUUACCUGGACAUAAAGUUUCAAGAUGAUAACUCCGGGCGGGAAUUGCCCCUUUCAUGGUUUUGCCUCCCCAGCGUUCACAUUCGAACCACUGACACCAUCAAUGAAACACACUUCUGAGGGACUCUUAGAGGCGGCUGACAUCUGGUUGGGGUGUCUUCUUCUUUCUUACCAUAAAUGUGACUUUUUACUCCUUAAUAUUCGAGUGUAGCAGCAUUACGAGAACAAUAACUGGGACUUCAUUGAGAAGCUCAUGACAACAGAACACUGGAAAUCAACUUUUUAGAUAGUGAUUCCCCCCCCCCCCCCCCCAAAUGUCACAUUUUCUUUUAGUUCUGUGAUAAUGAAACAGAAACGCCGUUCCUGUCCUGAGAAGCUGGAGUCUUAAUUCUCGUUGUCGCCUGAUGAAUCUGGUUCCUCCUCAUUUGCGUUGAUUGGAAACAAAACCAUAUUCCCAAUGCCAAGCACUCCUUUCUAGUAAAGCCAGGCAGUUGAUGCUUCUCUUGUAGUUGAAGCUGGGACUUUAAAAGUCCUAAAACGCGUCAGUGUUGCUUUUCCGAUUCUCUGAGCCAAGAGGCCCGUUCUACAUGUAAAAUUUGAGAUGGUAUCCGUACUGAGCACUCUACGGUGCAUGGACACCUUUAGUCUUACUAUUUGGACCAAUGAGACAGAGAAAGCUUCUAUUUAAUGGGGGCAAUGAAUGUACUGAUGCACUUCAUCUGCUCGCCAGUCAUUAUAAUGGUACCUUUUACAGUAUUUUUUUUUGGCGGGUCCAUUUGGUGAGUGGGAUAGGUUAAUUCGCUCAUUUUUUCUUUUUGGAAAAGUAAAGUGAACUGGGGCACUGUGGCAUUAUCCCUGAAACUACCACGUUGGCACCAGUGUUUUUAUGGUGGGUCAGUGAUUGGCUUUUCCAUACUUUAUGCCUCAUUUGAUUGUAUGACUUAAGAUCUGAAAUAAAGCAUGAUG